AAUACGUGCGCGGUCCCGGCUGCAGUGCUCGAGCAGUGUACCGCGGCGCGUGUUUGUGUGUUUUUGUGUAGUUUUGUGUCGUGGCGGUUGUUGGUCAUCAUCAACAGCAGCAGCAGCACAGCAGCGGGUUAAAUGUAGGAGCAGCGCGAGAUGGCCGAUCUCUCUCUACUGCAGGACUCACACGAGGACACAGACGGAUUUGGUGUAGAUGGCUACAGCUCAGAGUCUGACGCCAUUAUAAUCCCUUCAGCUCUGGAUUUUGUGUCUCAGGAUGAGAUGUUGACUCCUCUGGGACGACUUGACAAAUACAUUAACAGCGAGAACGUCUUUCACAGACAGAUGGUGGCGCGCAAUAUUUUGGACACACUCCGAGCGAUCAGUGAGGAUGACGGGGAGUGCGUUUCUGUGCUGGAGAGGAUCGACAGACUCGCCGAUGACUCGGAACCGGCGGUUCGAGCAGAGCUAAUGGAACAAAUCCCACAUAUUGCAAUCUUCUGUCAGGAGAACAGACCUUCCAUUCCAUUUGCCUUCUCAAAGUACCUCUUACCCAUCGUCGUGAGAUACCUGGCAGAUCAGAAUAACCUGGUUCGUAAGACGAGUCAAGCGGCGCUUCUGGUUCUCUUGGAGCAGGAACUUAUAGAUCGAGGAGAUGUGGAGAACCUGGUGUGUCCUGUGUUAGUGGACCUCACCGCUCCAGACAGCAAUGAUGAUGUGAAAACGGAGGCAAUGGCGAUUAUUUGUAAAAUGGCACCGAUGGUGGGGAAAGACGUCACGGAACGACUGUUUCUGCCACGCUUCUGCGAGAUGUGCUGCGACUGCCGCAUGUUUCACGUACGCAAGGUUUGUGCGGCAAACUUUGGUGAUAUCUGCAGUGUUGUUGGAGGAGAGGCUACAGAAGAGCUUCUGCUGCCACGUUUUUUCCAGCUCUGCUCAGACAACGUUUGGGGCGUACGAAAGGCCUGCGCCGAGUGUUUCAUGAGCGUUUCCUCCGCCACAUCUCCAGAAGUGCGACAGGCGAAGCUCUCGUCCCUGUUCAUCAGUCUGAUCAGUGACCCCUCCCGCUGGGUGCGUCAGGCGGCGUUUCAGUCGUUGGGUCAGUUUAUUUCCACAUUCGCGAGUCCCUGCAGCAAUGUGGGACAGUACUUCAGAGAUCCCAACGGCGAGGGUUUAGCUCACAGCACGAGCACAUAUGUUGCAGACACGCUGCAGCAGAACUGUGUUUCCUAUAAUGCCUCGGGCUGUGAGGAGCAGGAAGGGGCUGAUGUAGGAGAGGAGGGUGGAGGUGAGCAGACUGCGGAGGUUCUGUCAGGAGAUGAGUCCAUCAGCGGGGACAGUUCUGAUAUUUCUUCACCCAAGUGCCUUCCUGAGGAGAUGGAGCUUUUAUCUGAACCGGUGGAGGAGCAGAAUCCACCGACAUCAGCACCGGAAGACCUUUCACCUCCUCCUGAAAGUCCUGAGGCGGACCCGACACCAAACUCCAUGCAGAACCUCCAGGAGAAGAACUGUGAAGAAAACAUCUCUGAUCCAUCAGUGAGGACACACGAGAUUCCCGAGCAGGAGCUCUUUAACUCCUUCCACUACUGGAGGACACCCAUCCCAGAGAUCGACCUGAAUCUGCUGGAGGAGGAGAUCCGGCCGAAGGAGGAGGAGAUCCGGCCGUCGAAUCCGAGCGCUCCUCCGGCACUGGGCAGAAAACAGCUGGAGGAGCUUAUUGAGAACCUGGAGCCACACAUCGAUGACCCGGAUGUCAAAGCUCAAGUUGAUGUUCUGACCGCCGCCCUGAAGGCCACGGUUUUGGACUCUGAAGCAGAAGAUCCAGCGUUCCUGGAGCCCCGGCCCGCACAGUCAAACCCUUUCAACUCACACCAAUCCACUGAUCUCCUGUCAGUCAGCACACAGGUGAACUGUGAUGAUGAGGACUCGGAUGUGAGCGACGGUUUGAAUCCUGAAGAUGAGCACAAAUCUAAACAUCAGGAUGUGGUUCCUCAGCCGUUACUGGACCAGUAUCUGUCCAUGACCGACCCGUCCCGCGCUCAGACCGUAGACAUGGAGAUCGCCAAACACUGUGCCUAUAGUCUGCCCGGUGUGGCUCUGACGCUGGGACGACAGAACUGGCACUGCCUGCGAGACACCUACGAGACGCUGGCCUCCGACAUGCAGUGGAAGGUUCGGCGCACGCUGGCGUUCUCCAUUCAUGAACUGGCUCUGAUUCUGGGCGAUCACCUCACUGCCGCUGACCUGGUGCCCGUAUUCAACAGCUUUCUGAAGGAUCUGGAUGAGGUUCGCAUCGGAGUCCUCAAACAUCUCUACGACUUCCUCAAGUUGUUGCAUCAGGACACACGGAGGAAAUAUCUCUACCAACUGCAGGAGUUUCUAGUGACGGACAACAGUCGAAACUGGAGGUUUCGCUCUGAACUGGCUGAGCAGCUGGUUUUGUUGUUGGAGUUGUACAGCGCUCAAGAUGUUCACGAUUAUCUGAGACCGCUGGCAUUCUGUCUCUGCACCGAUCGAGUCUCAUCUGUACGCUGGACGUCCUACAGAUUGGUAAGUGAGAUCAUCAGGAAGUUGUCCGCCUGUUCAUCUCUUCUGGUGAAUUUUCUGAGUGAGCUGGUGGAUAAAUUCUGUCAUUCAUCAAAGUGGUCUGGACGGCAGGCGUUUGCUUUCGUCUGUCAGUUGUCUUUAGAGGAGGAAUGUCUGACCCUGGAUCAGUUCUCCGAACACCUGCUGCCUCCUCUGCUGCAGCUGGCAUCUGAUCCUGUGCCCAACGUCCGUGUGCUGCUCGCCAAGACCCUGCGUCAAACACUGCUUGAGAAAGAAUACUUUCUGAACUCCACCAGCUGUCACCAGGAGUCGCUGGAGCACACACUGGUCGCCCUACAGACUGACAUCGACAAAGAUGUGAAAUAUUUUGCUAGCGUUCAUCCGGGAAGCAGUCGCCUCAAUGAGGAUGCCAUGAGCACCACCUCAUCUACAUAUUGAACGCAUGAGCGGCUCUGAUUGGCCAGAUACUGAGAAACGAACCCAGAAUGCACCUCACUACAGCAGACACUUGUUGGGUUAUUUGUGGGUUUUUACACAUUCUCAUUUAAUUUGCCACAGAAGCCUUAAAACCGUCUUCCUUACAGCAGGAAAUACUUGAAGAGCUGGAGAAAUCAAACUCUUGACUAACUCCACUGAACCUUGACUAACUUAACUAAACCGUUCACAUUUCAGCCUAGCGACGGGUCAGUUAUCUUCUAACUCUUUGAUGGGACCUUAUCUCUCUCUCUCUCUCUCUCUCUGUCUCAUAUAUCAUGUUGUAGUUACAGAUGAGACAUCAUCACAGGUCGUCUGUCUGAUCUCAAGGGCUCGAGUCGUCGGUCAUUUUAAUCUUUAAUGCAGCACAUUGUUGUACUGAUGGACGUUUGCUGUUCCUCGUGUGAUGGGACGCUCGUCUGCAUAGAAACAAAUGUAAACUUGUAUUUUUUAAAGCGAUAUUACGAGUGGUCCAUUUGGCUGAGAAUGUGAACAUAUUGAAUAUGAAAUCAUCACUUGAAGCCUUUGAGUAUUUUAAUGCAAAAACACUCUUUCAAUGUUCUGUAUAUAUUUGUUUUUGAUCAUGAAUAGCAUCGCUGUUAUUCUCUUAACUUGCCCAGAAUAAAAUUUCAGAUAAAUGUG